AUGCCUCUUCCAGAGGAUCCCGAGCUACUGAAGCUCUCCGACCAAAUCAUCGACACCAUGCGAGACCUCUUCCAAACACCGAACAAUUACAGACCCGUCCACGCCAAAGGUCAGCUCUGCAAAGGCACAUUCACACCCAGCAAAGACGCUUCCAAAUACUCCAAAGCACCCAUCUUCAGCCAAGCCUCCACCACUCCUCUGGUCCUACGCUACAGCACCGACACCGGAUUCCAGAAUUUCCCGGACAACGGGGAAAACGGCUCUCGUGGUUUCGCCAUCCGCUUCGUGCUCUCAGAAGAUGGCCACAAGCACUACGACAUCAUCACAAACAAUGCCUUUGGCUUCAUCGUCCCCGACGGCCAAGGCUUCCUGGACCAGUUCGUGGCGCAGAAGAACGGCACGUUCGACAAGUUCCUGGCGGAGAGACCGCAUGCCAAGUAUUUUGUCGAAAACCAAAGUCCGGCGCAUUCCUAUUCCUUCGCGACGGAACAAUGGCAUUCCAUCCACGCUUUCAAAUUCGUCGACGCACGGGGCAUGGAGAGGUUUUUCCGCUGGAGGCUGGUUCCCUGGCAAGGCGUGAUGAAGCAUAGCCAAGCGGAUGUGGCGAAGCAGAGUCGCAACUAUCAGUUUGAAGAUCUGGAUUGGCGGAUGAAGAAUCACAAGCCGAUCAGGUAUCGUCUCCUGGCGCAACUCGCGGAAUCGGGUGAUAUCACGAAUGAUUCGACCAAGGUCUGGCCUGAGACGAAUGAGUUUGUCGAGAUGGGGGAGAUUGCGGUGGAGAGUCUGUGGGAGAUGGAGGAGGGGAAUCCCAAGGGAGAGGCGCAGAAAAAGAUCAUUUACGAUCCUGUCCCGAGGUAUAUUGAUGGGAUUGAGGCUGGUGAUGACCCUUUGAUUGAGUUACGGACGGCGGUGUAUUUGAUCAGUGGAAGGAUUAGAAGGGAGCAUUUGGGCGAGGAGGUGCAGCAGGCCGUUAGAUAG